AGAGUUUUACGAAACAGUUACCAAAAAAUUACUUUUGUUUAAUGAUGUUGAAAUUAUCGUGGACUUUACUUUAUUUCUUAAAAUGACCACACAAAACCCAAAUUUUAAUUACUCAUUUUGUUGUAAGUCCAGUGAAGAAGAGAAAUCAACUAAGGGUGUUUGUAGUUUCCAUGCAUUUAUGGUUUUAUUGGAAAAAAACUUCCAACAAAUAGAAGACCAAAAAAUGCUUUCACUUGUGYUUUCCAAUGUCUUAGGUUUCAUUUACAAUAUUUUUAAAGAAAACAACUCGUUGUUACACCAGGAGACAAACAUCUGUCGGUGUUUAUCCCAAUUAUACAAAUUAAGUAUUGCUAUCAUUUAUCGAAGUUUGAAAAAUUGUCGUGAAAACCUUACCGGAACGAAGCUAAUUCGUAAAAAAGGCAUGAAGAUAUUAAGUUUGCUAAGUUUCAACUCGUACGAAUUGACGCAAAAAUACGUUAAAGAGUUUGSUCAAUUCAAGGAAAUUUUGGCUAUAUUAAGUGAAACAUGUGACGAAGAGGAAUUGGCGAAUCUUAAAUAUUUGGAAAAAUUGAGUUUAGCUGAGGACUUGCCAGAAGUGAAGCCUGAAAAAUUUCUACAAGUUGAUUUAUAAACUAAGUCUUAAAAUGCGUAUAAUAAAAUUAAAUUAUUUUCAUA